UAAACUAUGUUUGUCCUUAGCAGGGCACUGUAGUCUGUAGAUGGUGGUUUACGACAGUUUUUUUACGAUCAGGAAAACAAACCUGAAGCCUGCACCUAAACAAGUUGAAAUAAUGCUGAGAAAAGCUACAUCCUGUGGGUUAACGUGACGACGAAUUAAGAGCAGCAUAGUACAAUGGUGGGGCAGGACACACUGAAGACUCAUAGCUAAUGUUACUGACUUCGAGAUCUCUCCCAGGAGUCGCCCACUACGUGUAAGCAAAUUUACACGGACCCAGCAUGCUGUAGCUGCACCUACUUCCAUGUUUUUUCAUCUUCGUUCCAGUCAUGGCCCCUUCCAACAAACGCUCCCGCAGAGAGGACUCUUCUUUGUUGCUCACGUGUGAGUGGGGAUCCUGCAAAGAGACGUUCACUCAAAUGCAGGAGUUUUGCAAACACGCGGAGAAACACCACACUCUGUCAACGGAGGACAUGGACACUGACGACGAUGUGGAUGAGCAUGUGUGUCAGUGGAGGGACUGUGGCUUCUGUUCAGUAGAGAGUGUGGCAGAGUUACAGAGACAUUUGUUCUUCCACUGCUACCACACCAAGCUGAAGCAGUGGGGACUUAAUAUCCUUCAGGCUCACCCUGACAUGGGCACCUGUUCUGUGGGCCUUCACAACCGCAACAUAAUACCCGAGAUCACUGACAACUUCAUUUGCCUCUGGGAGCACUGUGAGGCCUCUAUGGACAAUCCCGAGUGGUUCUAUCGCCAUGUGGAGAACCAUGCCCUGUCCCUGGACAUGAAAUCCAACGGAAAGGAAGAGAAUGUUCUCUGCUGUGGCUGGAAAGAUUGUGAGGCCACCUUCAAGGGCCGCUUUAAGUUGCGAGAGCACCUGCGGAGCCACACCCAAGAGAAGAUAGUCGCCUGUCCAACCUGCGGGGGGAUGUUCGCUAACAACACCAAGUUCUUUGACCACAUUCGGCGGCAAACAACCAUUGAAGGCCAAAGAUUCCAGUGUUCCCAUUGUUCCAAGCGCUUUGCUACUGAGAGACUUCUCCGAGACCACAUGAGAAACCAUGUGAACCAUUACAAAUGUCCCCUGUGCGACAUGACCUGUCCCUCACCGUCCUCACUCCGAAACCAUAUCAAGUUCCGCCACAGCAACGAGAAACCCUACAGCUGUGACUAUUGCGAGUACAGCUGUAAGAACCUGAUCGACCUACGGAAACACUUUGAUACGCACAGCAGUGAGCCGGCCUACCACUGUGACUUUGAGGACUGUGACUACACCACCCGCUCCAUGCAGUCCAUCAAGUCCCACUACAAACGGGUGCACGAGGGUGAUGUUGCUCCACGCUACAAGUGUCAUGUGUGUGAGCAGUGCUUCACGAGAGGCAACAACCUCACUGCCCACCUGCGCAAGAAGCACCAGUUCAAAUGGCCAUCAGGACACCCCAGAUUCAGGUACAAGGAGCACGAAGAUGGCUUCAUGCGACUGCAGCUGAUCCGCUACGAGAGCGUGGAGCUAACGGAGCAGCUGAUGAGGGAGAGGCAGACGGACGGGGACAGCCCUGAGCAGCCCACCCAGGGCGAGGGCCUCCAGCCGGGGCAGGAGGGUGACGGGGGUGGGCUGCAGUCCUCCACGGGGGGAGCCGAUAUCUCCGAGGGUCAGGAAGGGGAUGGGGACUGCGGGGCAGAGGGGAGGGUGAGGCCAGAGGAAGGGGAGAACGUGCUCCUGGUCAUGCUGAAGGGGAGCUCUCCAGAGGCCCAGGCGGCGGAGGAGGACACGGUUAUGAGGCGGUUACAGGACACGGCACAGCAGUUGGGGAUGGAGGUGGUGUGAGAUGGUGGAGGCUGGGACCAGGAUCACAGCCGCCUGACGUCCGCAGAUCCAGCAUUUGAACUGUGUUCAUUGUAAUCUGGGAUUUCUCUAGAUGGAUUCCUCUCUGUAGUGGCGAACUUGAUACAUAUCUGUUGAAAGCGAUUGGAUCAAUCACUUGCUAUAGGUUACCGAUAUGCUGGCCAGAACUGCAGAAACUGAGUUCAAAUUUAGGUUUGGCAGUGCCAAGCGAGGUCCACUGUUCCAAGGCAAUGAACAGGCUCAAUGAAGUUCAUGGAAAGCAUCAACUCUUCACCUCUCUUCAUUGUAGAGAUGGUUUACAUUAUCAGAAUCAGAAUUUGGAAUGUCCAACUGCUUCUCUUUCUUUUUUGGUGAAAGGUGCUUGACUUACUUGAUUGAAGAAAUUCUGCCCCCAUGGAAGUGCAGGUCUUCUAGAAAAACGAACGACUCCAUUAGGGGACAGUGUCUGAAGGUCUGUUCCACAGCAGCCCAGUUACCUCUUAGUUUCCACACAGAGCCUUCCUCUGCCUCACCCAGAAGAAUACUUAUUGAUGGACUGAAGAUGCAUUGAUGUUCCUCUUUAUUGUUCUAAGUUUUUCAUUUGCUGUUUUCCUGCUGUUUUCCUCUAAGGGACCAUUAUAAGCCAGCAGUGUUCUCUAAGCACUUGAUUAGUAUGGGUAUGAUGUGUAAAUAUAAUUAAACGAAUCGCACUUAUACGAGAGAAUAGAUGAUUUGCAGUGCACAGGUUUGAAGAAAGAUGAGCUUGAGGUGACCCAUUUGUACCCAGUUUUUUUUUUGGCUGUUUGUUUUAGAAAUGCUUCAACACUUUUUCAUUGAAUUUUCCCCAGUCAAAAGUGGAAGAUGGAAGGACUCCCCAACUAAUUUAUGCUAAUUACUCCAAAGAGGAGGAGUUAUAAUGUGAAAAUGGCGUUUCAGUUUAAAAAUCAGUUUAUGUCCACUAUAUCAUAUACAUUUGACAUGUCAAUGUCAUGUGAAGGUAUUUGUCGAUUUAUUUAUUUUGUGAUAAAGGAACCAAUAGAGGGAUGCUGUGUUUCUUUUCUGAGAAAACCACAACAGCCUCAGAGGAGAUGGAGUUCUUUUUUUAAUAAACUCUAUCUUGAACUUACUGUGAUCGUCCUGUUUCACUUCAUUUCAUAGAAGAGUCCUCCAGGUCAUCAUUAGUGUCGGGUGGAUUGGCAUGGCGGUAAGAGUGAUUUGGCAUUCGAGAGCGAGGGAAUGAAAGACCAAGUGGGGGAGCUUAAACACUCGCACUAAUCCAAUCGAUGAUCUGUCCCGCUAAAUUAACACAGUGGCAACUCUGCCCCCAGGUCUUGUAUUGGACUAUAGUCUGAGGAUGUACUGAAUCAUUUAGCAUAAAAGACUAGCCGUCAGAACUGCCUGAAAUUCAAAGAGCAUUCCUUGAUCUUCUUAAUACAUUUUUUUAUGUUCUUUUAAUUUUUCUGCUCUAUAGUCCUUCCUAUAGUUCUCAUGAUGAACUUUUUGAAGUUGAAGUAUCAAAAUAAUCACUGGAGACUCGAGAAUUCUGUUUUGCUGUCUUGUCUGUGUUAGGGCAUUUUUUCACCCUUUACCAGGACUUUAUUAACCUCAGAAUUAAGACUCACACACAACCAAGAAUAUAAUAAAUAACAAACUUUUACUCUGGCAAAGAGGAGUGCAUUGGUUUCAGACCGCUGUUCCCACAUACACUGACUUUCUGGUAAAAUGUCUAACCCUU